AUGAGGUGCUUCUUAUUCCCUCACGGGGACAAGAAAGACGAACAGAGGAGCUCUAAACCGGUUUCUCCGACGUCUAACUUCUCUGACCGUAGAGGAAACAAAAGCGGUUCAGAUUUCAGUCCCAGGGAUGGCUCUGGAACGAGCACGGUCUCAUCAUCCACUGGUAGGAACACGAACCCGAGCAUGUCCGCUAGAGAAAACAACCUCAGAGAGUUCACCAUCGCUGAUCUCAAAUCCGCUACAAGAAACUUCAGCCGUUCCGUUAUGAUCGGGGAAGGCGGUUUCGGCUGUGUCUACUGGGGAACAAUCAAGAGCUUAGAAGAUCCCUCAAAGAAAAUCGAAGUCGCCGUCAAGCAGCUCGGCAAGAGAGGGUUACAGGGUCAUAAAGAAUGGGUGACGGAAGUGAACUUUCUCGGAGUAGUCGAGCAUUCAAACUUGGUGAAACUGUUGGGUCACUGUGCAGAAGACGACGAGCGUGGAAUCCAGAGGCUUUUGGUUUACGAAUACAUGCCAAACCAAAGCGUCGAGUUCCAUUUAUCGCCUCGCUCACCGACGGUGCUUACUUGGGACCUCAGGUUGAGAAUAGCGCAAGACGCAGCUUGCGGUUUAACAUACCUCCACGAAGAAAUGGACUUUCAAAUAAUAUUCAGAGAUUUCAAGUCCUCAAACAUUCUACUAGAUGAGGAUUGGAAAGCAAAGCUUUCGGAUUUCGGUUUGGCUCGGUUAGGUCCUUCACCAGGAUCAACUCAUGUUUCUACUGGUGUAGUAGGAACAAUGGGAUACGCAGCUCCAGAGUAUAUCCAGACGGGUCGUCUCACAUCGAAAAGCGAUGUGUGGGGCUAUGGAGUAUUCAUCUAUGAGCUGAUUACAGGAAGGAGGCCGUUAGACAGGAACAGGCCUAAAGGAGAGCAGAAGCUUCUUGAAUGGGUGAGACCUUACUUAACCGACACCAAGAAGUUCAGGCUCAUUGUAGACCCGAGGCUCGAAGGCAAGUACUUGAUCAAACCGAUCCAGAGACUAGCGGUUGUGGCCAAUCUUUGCCUUGCUAGGAACUCCAAGACACGUCCGAAGAUGAGUGAGGUGUUGGAGAUGGUGACAAAGAUUGUGGAGUCUUCUUCGCCUGGGAAUGGUGCCAAGAAGCUGCAGCUCGUUCCGCUGAGGAGUCUUUCUAGAGGCGAGGAAGGGAAGAACAAGAAGGUUGUUGAUGGUGACGAAGGAAGUUGGUUAGAAAAGUUGUGGAACCCAAAGAAUGUGAGAGCUUGUUGA